AUGUUCCGAAACACCCUAAUAGGCGGUACCAAGUUUCGCCCCGACGAGCAUAUACCCGAUUUAAAUGGAAAGGUAAUACUCGUUACCGGGGGGAAUUCAGGGCUAGGGCUUGAAACCGUACGCCAACUCGUAAAGCACAACCCAUCCAGAAUUUACCUCGCAGCACGGUCAACAGAAAAGGCACAAGUGGCUAUUCAGAAACUACAAGAGUCACAUCCUACCGCUAUCCCGGUUUCGCAUCUCAGUCUAGACCUUUCAUCGUUCGACAGUAUUAAAGCUGCCGUGGCGGUAUUCAAGCAAGCUGAGACUAGACUUGACACCCUCAUCAACAAUGCCGGUGUUAUGAUGCUUCCAGAGGGCUUGACGAAGGACGGCUACGAAAUCCAACUUGGGACUAACCACCUCGGCCACGCGCUGUUAACACAGCUCCUCCUUCCAAUGCUUCAAAGCACAACAAAAUUGAAUUCGGAUGUACGUGUUGUCACGGUCUCUUCGGGCGCUGAAUCAUUUGGUCCGAAGAAGUUAUACCCAGUCGAAAACUUCAAGACAACGAUGCCGGGUCUCAGUACCCAACAUCGCUACGCUAUCUCCAAAGCGGCCAAUAUACACUACAGCAGUGCCAUGGCUCAGAAAUUCAAGGAUAUCAAAUUCGUUUGUGUUCAUCCGGGGUCAGUUCAAACUAAUUUGGCUGAUGCGAUAUGGAAAAGUUCAAAUGUCGUUUUCAAGGUUUUCUUGGUAUCAUACGCUCUCUUGUUCAUUACUAAGCCAGAACAGGGCGCUUUGAAUCAACUAUGGGCCUCAGUAAGCCAGGACGCUGUGUCGGGCGAAUUCUACCACCCAGUUGGGUUGGCUGGCAAGGGCUCCCAUCAUGUUAAGAAUUCGAAGGAGCAGAAGCAAUUAUGGGAUUGGACACAAGCAGAGCUUGAAGCGCACCUACCAGCAACCCCCUAG